AUGAACGACGGCCUGUUUGCCAGUUUGGACAAGCUUCUGUUAGAAUUUGUUUUCCAGUAUGAGCAAGACAGAAGUACUAAAGAAGAUAUGGUUCAAAGAAUUAAUAAAUGUUUUGAAGAUAUUAAAGAAAACAAAGAAACUAUUCGUAAGAUACAUGAAACCAUAAGUACAACAGAUGAAGAAAUUACUCAUUACUGUAAACAUAGUAAGGAAAUCAAAGACAGCUGUAAUAAUUGGAAGCCAACAUGUGAUGUUUUUCAUAAACAUGAAGAUUAUAUGCAGGACCAGUUUACUGUUUAUCAAGAAACCAUUGAAAAUGACAAAAAAAUGUAUCAUGAUUAUAUCAGUCAGUAUAAAGAUGUUUUGAAGCAAUACCAACUAAAGUACUCAGAAAACCAUAUUUCACGUGAAUAUUAUGAGAAGAAAAGAGAACAUGAAGAAAUUCAAAACAGAGUGUUGGCUUGUAGUGAACAACUAAAAAUACAUGAAACUAUUCUCAUGGAAUUUCUAGUACCUGCUCCCUUUUCAUCACUUACCAAAUGGACAUUAUAUAUAGUUAAUUUGAGACAUGAAACACAAAAUAUUCUUAAAAGUUUCAACAAUAUUACCAAAAAUUCAUCUGAAUUGAAGAAAGAAAUAGAUGAAAUGGAAAUGGAAAUUAAUUCUUUAAACAAGCAAAUUGCACGACUUUAUGAAACUAAGAAUCUUUCAGAAACUUUGGAAGAAAAUAACAAAAAUAUAGAAAAGAGAAAAGAAUUGAAAGAAAGAGUUUUUGAAAAAGAUGAACAUGUGCUUGUAUUGAACAACCCUCCACAAAGCAGUCAAUUAUUUCUUCCCUAUGAAGCUCAGAAAUUACUAAGACCAAUAAAGAUACAUUCUUCAAGACCAAGAGUUACAGAAUUAGAUGAAGAAGAAAAUGCCAUCAAACAGUCAAAGAUUGCCAGUGCUGACUUCAGACAAAAAGAAAAUGAUAUCCAGGUAUUUAAUGACUCUGCUAUGAGUGAUAUUACAGCUAUUAAAAGUUCACAAAAUUCUUUGCAAUUCAGAUUAAAUUUACAGAAAAAAGCAAGCUGUAAUCAGUGGUUUGAAAAAGAAAAUACAGAUGUAGAAUGUGGAGAUAAAGGGAUGGUAAGACAAUUGAGAGAAUCAAGCUGUACUUCUUCACAAGCUACACGUACAGAACACUUUGGAAAGUCAAUAGAAAAUACUAGUGACAAAGUAGAAGAAAGGGCUGAAAUUUUUUCACGAAAUCCUGAAACUCCUAUAUUUUUAAGAACUGAAGCUGUGAAGACACCUGAAUCUUUGGAGAAAAUACAGUUUCCAAAAAGUCCCUUGUUUGAAAUUAACAGAAAUAGAAAUACAGUGCCUGAAGAUCAAACACAAAAAUCUCCUGGAUUUUCAUUUAUUACAAGUUUUGCUUCUAGAUCACCAGGAUUGAAUUUAUUUGACUCCUCUGUAUUUGAUUCAGAAAACUCAUCAGAUCAGUUUAAUGAGCAUUAUUCUGCAGUAAAUCUAAAUCCUCCGUCACAAGAAAUUGGAAACAUAUUUGGGAAACCAGAAGGAGAAGAUGCCUUUACAUUUUCUUUUCCAUCAGACACUUCAACUCAUACAUUUGGAGCUGGAAAAGAUGACUUUAGUUUUCCAUUUUCUUUUGAAAAAAGUCAAAACACACAACCUUCCUCUUCAAAAGAUUUUUCACCUUCCUCACAAAAUUCAACACAAUUUACAUUUUUUUGA